AUGGAUCCCAUCAGUUCAGGUAACAAUGCAAACAACAAUCCUAAUCUGGCCUCUAAGCAGCGGCUUCGUUGGACACAUGAGCUUCAUGAACGGUUUGUUGAUGCUGUAGCGCAACUUGGUGGACCAGAUCGUGCAACUCCAAAAGGCGUUCUCAGAGUUAUGGGGGUUCAGGGGCUAACAAUUUAUCAUGUCAAAAGCCAUUUACAGAAAUAUCGACUUGCCAAGUAUCUUCCAGAUUCUUCAUCUGAUGGGGGAAAAGCUGAAAAGAAGGAAUCUGGAGAUAUGCUUUCCAGUUUGGACGAUUCAUCCGGAAUGCAAAUCAAUGAAGCACUUAAACUGCAAAUGGAGGUCCAAAAGCGUCUGCAUGAACAACUGGAGGUUCAAAGACAACUACAGUUAAGGAUAGAAGCCCAAGGGAAGUAUUUAAAGAAGAUAAUUGAAGAACAACAACGACGAAAUGGAGCUCUUCCAGAAGUGCCUGGUUCUGGGGUCUCAGCUCCUGUAGCAGAGGAUACUUGCCCAGAAUCAGAUAACAAAAGUCACCCGGCAACCCCUGCUCCAACAUCCGAGUCUCCCCAUCUGGACAGGCCUGCCAAAGAACGUGCAAUAGCAAAGAGCCUUUCGCUAGACGAAUCUUUCUCCUCUCAUCAGGAGCCUCUGACACCAGAUUCUGGUUGUCAUGUGAACUCAUCAAUUGAUAGCCCUCGUGAUAGACCUGGAAAAAAGCAAAGACUGAACACAGAUGCAGCAUUCAGUAAACAAGAAAUGGCGCUUUCACAUUCAAUAUUCGAGUCGAGCUUGAGUCCAAGUUUCCAGCAGCCACAUUCAGUUUUCCUGACAGGAGAACAGUUUGAUCAUUCAUCAGGAAUUUCGGUUGCCAAUGAACUGUUGGGAAAAGUUUCAGAGAUCUGUUCGGUUGGAUUCUCACGAUUUCGACAUCGCUAUCCUAUCAUUUGCAAGAAUUCAUUUUUUAUUGGAUUUUUUUUUUUUAAAAAAAACGGGGCUGUUGAAAUUCUAAGCUACCAGUCAGUGAGUUGA